GUGACUUUUCCUCCGUGACGUUGUUCACUUACGUUGGCAAACCUAACUCCCCAGCUCUCUCUCUUUCUAUUGUUUGACAGACGCGCAAGUGUGUACGAUGGCUGUUACGAAAGCGGUAGCCCCCGCCGGUGCCAAAGCGCAACCUAAGAAGCAACAAAUCCGCGGAAAGGGGAUCAAGAAGAAGAAGGUGGCGUUGAGGUUCAUUGUAGACUGUACGCAUCCAGUGGAAGACAACAUUUUGGACGUCACCAACUUCGAGAACUACCUGAAGUCUAGAAUUAAGAUCAACGGAAAGACAGGAAACUUCGCCGGUGGUAAAGGUAGCCAGCAUGCCGUAACGCUGGGGAAGGAAAAGGGAACUAAAGUCGUCCUCAACUCAGAAAUUCCUUUCUCCAAGAGGUACCUCAAAUACCUCACUAAGAAAUAUUUGAAGAAAAAUAACUUGCGUGAUUGGUUGAGGGUUGUAGCUGCUGGUAAAGACAGUUAUGAGCUCAGAUACUUCCAGAUCAACAGUCAAGAAGACGACGAUGAGGAAGACAAUGAAUGAUUUUAACGCAGUUUGAAUAAAUGAUAAAUUGGUUUGUA